AUGUACUCAUUGUGGAAUAACAAUGAGAGCAUGCUCGAACUGAAAUCCAGGCAUCUCUGCUACAACUAUGAACUUGAAUCAAUGAGAGAGGCGUUACUGGGGGAAAUGGGAAUGCACCAAGAGACUACAAAUGUAUUAUAUCAACUCUUAUCUGAUGCCUGCCAAGAAAGAGAUGAAGCUAGAGAACAGUUGAAGAGAUCAGUGGCAGAAAUUUCUGAACUGAAGAAACUAGUGAACAGGCUCUUGCCAUCUAAUUCGGCUGAAAUCAGCUCUGUUGUUUCGCAUGUCCAACCUGACAGCCGGAACCAGGAAAUCUUGAAAGGAAACCUAGAUAUCAGAGGAUCAGACACUGUAUCUGAAGCAUAUAACAACUAUUCUGAUGAGUCAUCCGCAGCCAACAGCAUUUCUCGGCCGUUGUUCAAUGCUAGCCUGACUGAUUCCAGCAACCUUGCAUUGUUGAAAAAGUCAUUUGUUCAAGACUCUGGUAGCCAUAUCCGAAUGGGAAAAUUUUCUUCCAAGGACUUGUUAGUGAAUCCUGCUUCAAAAGUAAUUACUACUCUUGUUAAGGGAAAACCACUGCCGGAAAAAGGGAGAUUUCUGGAGGCUGUUCUUGACACUGCACCCUUGCUGGAGACACUUAUGAUUACAGGCCAGCUUCCAAAGUGGCGAAACCCUCCAUCUUUGGCAUCCAAUCUCAUUGCCAAUGAUGAUCAUGGCUUGAUCAACCAGAGAGCAGUCAUCAACUCAAAAUCUGCAACUCCAGUUCCCACAAUGUUGAAAUCUAAGAAAUGUUCAAACAGCUUCAGCUUCGAAUCCUUGGGGCAUGCUGGUAUGCAGAGGAGAUUCAAAUUGCCUCUCGUAGCAGCCGCCACCAUUUUCAGAAGAACUUGCACAGCAGCUCGUAGCUCUCUCAUUGACACCCAAAAGGCCUCCAAUAUUCACAUUCCUUCCUCACCUAAUCUACCCAAUCCUAUUCUCAAUGCUACUCAAGUGUUCGACGAAGUGUCUGACUUAGAUGUAGUUUCAGCCACUUCCAUAAUUGGAAGCUUCUCUAAGCAACACCAGCAUAAAGAAGCCAUACUUUUAUUUUCCAGGAUGCUCUUCAACGAUAUUAGACCCAAUGAAUUCACGUUUGGGACCGUAAUUCACUCUUCCACUUUGCUAAAAGACCUUAACAUUGGCAAGCAACUUCAUGCUUGUGCAAUAAAAAUGGGCCUCAGUUCAAAUGUUUUUGUGGGUAGUGCAAGUCUAGAUUUUUAUUCAAAGUUGAGUACAAUUGAGGAAGCAAGAAGGGUUUUUGAAGAUACCCAUCAACCAAAUGUAGUAUCCUACACAACUUUGAUAUCUGGAUACAUGAGAAAAAAGAGGUUUGAGGAGGCUUUAUGGUUGUUUAAAGAGAUGCCUGGGAGAAACGUUGUUUCUUGGAAUGCAAUGAUUGCUGGGUUUAGCCAAACUGGCCAUAAUGAAGAGGCUGUGAAUCUCUUUAUUCGGAUGUUGAGAGAAGGGGUGAUGCCUACCCAGAACACUUUCCCUUGUGCUAUUAUUGCAGCUGCUAAUAUAGCUGCACAUGGAAUGGGAAAAAGUUUUCAUGCUUGUGUUUUUAAGCGCUUGGGAGACCAGCUUAAUGUGUUUAUUGGCAAUGCUCUUAUUAGUUUUUAUGCCAAAUGUGGAAGCAUGGAAGACAGUCUCUUGGUUUUUAAUAAACUUCAUUCAAGAAAUAUAGUUUCUUGGAAUGCUUUGAUAUGUGGUUACGCACAGAAUGGAAGAGGAAAGGAAGCCAUAGAGUUCUUUGAGAAGAUGCUUGUAAGUGGUUUUAGACCUAAUGAUGUUACACUUCUUGGUUUAUUAUGGGCUUGUAAUCAUGCUGGUCUUGUUGCUGAGGGUUAUUCAUAUUUCAACAAGGCAAGAGCUGAGGAACCCAACUUGCUAAAACCAGAGCAUUAUGCAUGUGUGGUGGAUUUGCUCUCUCGGUCUGGGCAUUUCAAGGAAGCUGAGGAGUUUAUUCAGCAUUUGCCAUUUGAACCAGGUAUUGGGUUAUGGAAAGCACUGCUUGGUGGCUGCCAGAUUCACUCAAAUACGGAAUUGGGGGAAUUUGCAGCCAGAAAAAUCAUGGCAUUGGAUCCUGAGGAUGUUUCAUCAUAUAUAAUGUUGUCCAACGCACAUGUUGCCAUUGGGAGAUGGGAAAUUGCAUCAACAUUGAGGAGGGAGAUGAAAGAGAAACAGAUGAAGAGAAUUCCAGGCUGCAGUUGGAUUGAAGUAAGAAACAAAGUUCAUGUUUUCCUGAGUAGGGAACGCAAACACUCCCAGAUGGAUGAGAUCCACAGAGUCUUGAGGUUUUGUAUCCAACACUCACAGGAUAGUGAAGCUGCCAGCUUUCUAAUGGAGUUUUACAUCUAGUCAGUAGAAAUAAAAAUAGAAUGGUCCUUGGACUUCGAUUAGGCUGCACUGCCUCUAUUGUUAAAGGCACACUUUCAUUUCCUUUGGGAACGAAUACAUAUCAAGAAAGAGCAAUGGGGAAUAGUAGACUUGGGAGACUCAGCAACAAAGGAGACCAAGUGUCAAAUCAAUUCGAACCUCGGGCAAUUCGAUUCCAAAUCCAGCAUUGCUGCUUGUAUGAAAAUUGGAUAGCCUCUCAUGCGGGCUCGAGCAAGACAAUUACCAUUACCAAAGAGGACUGCACAAUUGACAGCUCCACAGUAUUAACAAACAGAGACACAUACAUCUGUUAAACAGGAUAGUCUCCACUCGGAUUAUUAAGCAGAAAGGAAAAGAAAAAAUGGGGAAGAUGGAGAGAAAAAGCCAAGGAGAACAAGAAACAAAAACUUCUUUAUUAUUUUGAUGCCUUAUUUCGCUUAUAAAUGAAUGCCAUGUGGCAAAUCUUCUUCCACGUAAAUAGGCCAUGUGGCAUGCCACAUGGAAAUUUUUAUGAGAGGACUCACGAUGUUAUCUAGGUGGCAAUUUUUAUUAUUAUACUUUUGGGACACGAUGAUUAUGUUAUGGACCCGCGCGUUCAUUUCAAAAGAUAUUUUUAG